AUGCUCUUUCGCCGCACCUGCUAUUCGCUUCCGUCUCACCUGCUAUUCUCUUCCGCCUCACCUGCUAUCCUCUUUCGCCGCACCUGCUAUUCUCUUCCGCCUCACCUGCUAUUCUCUUCCACUUCACCUGCUAUGCUCGUUCGCCGCACCUGCUAUUCGCUUCCGUCUCACCUGCUAUUCUCUUCCGCCUCACCUGCUAUCCUCUUUCGCCGCACCUGCUAUUCUCUUCCGCCUCACCUGCUAUCCUCUUUCGCCGCACCUGCUAUUCUCUUCCGCCUCACCUGCUAUCCUCUUUCGCCGCACCUGCUAUUCUCUUCCGCCUCACCUGCUAUUCUCUUGCACCUCACCUGCUAUCCUCUUUCGCCGCACCUGCUAUCCUCUUCCGCCUCACCUGCUAAUCUCUUCCGCCUCAACUGCUAUCCUCUUUCGCCUCACCUGCUAAUCUCUUCCGUCUCACCUGCUAUUCUCUUCCGCCUCACCUGCUAUUCUCUUCCACCUCACCUGCUAUGCUCUUUCGCCGCACCUGCUAUGCUCUUCCGCCUCACCUGCUAUCCUCUUCCGCCUCACCGGCUAUUCUCUUCCACCUCACCUGCUAUCCUCUUCCGCCGCACCUGCUAUGCUCUUCCGCCUCACCUGCUAUGCUCUUCCGUCUCACCUGCUAUCCUGUUCCCCCACACCUGCUAUCCUCUUCCGCCUCAGCUGCUAUCCUCUUCUGCCGUACCUGCUAUUCUCUUCCGCCUCACCUGCUAUCCUCCUCUGCAACGCCUGCAAUUCUCUUCCGCCUCACCUGCUAUUCUCUUCCGCCUCACCUGCUAUCCUCCUCCGCAGCACCUGCUAUUCUCUUCCGUCUCACCUCCUAUCCUCUUCCGCCUCACCUGCUAUCCUCCUUCGCAGCACCUGCUAUCCUCUUCUGAUCUAGAAUGA